AUGGUGGCGUGCUCGACGGUGACGGUGACGAAGUGCCAAGCGGCGCUGCGCACGCUGCAGGCCUUCCCGUUCUUCAAGCCCACCUGCCUCUGCCGAGAGCCGCACGUCGACCCGGAGUGCAACUCCUUCCGGGACUUCCUCUUCGACCACCCCUGCAUCUUCGUGCUCAAGAAGGAGAAGGACCCGUACCCAGUGGAUGCUCUUCCGACGUGCAACCACGCGCUUUCCGUGUGUCAGCAAGAGCGCAAAUGUAUCAAACUGUUCGACGAUUUCAAGUCCAACUGCAAAGUCCGGGAUCAGAAAUGCCGGAUGGAAGACAGAGACUUGUGUCAUGAAGCUUGGACCAAACUGAGAUUGUCUCCAAUGUUUGGUUGCAUAUGUCCAAAUAAUCAUAUGAAAAGGCGCUGUGAUCGGAUAUUUACGAUGGUUAAUCACAAUCCUUGCGUCGACGUUCUACCAGCCUCCCUUGAUUUAUCUGGCACAGACUCUGCACUCUACCCGUAUGACCCCGAGCAAGGAAAUUUCCGAGAGUUGUGGUACCCCAGCUUGUAUCCGUACUUUCUCUCCCCGCCCACCUCGCACCAGCACCCGCAACCGUCCCUAGAAGAAACUCAAAUAGAUUACGAUGACUCGGAAACUAAACUGACUGCUUCCUAUUCGGGGUCAAUUUCAGUUAAGGUGAUAUCCUCGGAAAAUGCCACGUCGUUUGACGGCAUUGAGUCUCAGUUAGAGAACCCUCUAGUUGGCAUUAGGGGUGCCAACCAGAAGGAUUAUAACGGAGUAAGGCAGGAAGUGCAAUGGCAAGGCAAUGGCAAUGGCAACAGCUCGCUAUUUGACGAAGACGGACAGCCGAGGCGGACUAGUUUGACGCAGUACCCGGGAAAAAGCUCCGACGCGGCGGCGCCGGCGUCCGCGUCGGCGGAGACGCGCAACCUGAGCCUGCAGAGCACGUGCCACCUGGCGCUGGACGCCUGCCAGCGCAACGCCUCGUGCCGCGCCAAGCUGCAGCCCGUGCUCGCCGCCUGCGACCCCGCGCCCGGCCGCUGCCACCGCCACAGCUGCAUGGACAAGCUGCAGGACUUCUACCGACAGAAGGACCUGCUGCCCUUCACGCUCGAGAUAGCCUUCUGCCUCUGCAAGAAGACGGAGAACAAGCAGGACGAGUGCCUGGUGGCGCAGGAGAAGCUGCACCCGGUGUGUGCGCAGCGCGUCGACGGCCAGGCCAUGCCCACCUGCCACUCUCUCGCCGAGCUGUGUCGCGAGCAGCGCAGCUGCAGGAACCGGCUGGAGACGUACGAGCAGUCGUGCGCGGUGGACAGCGUGACGAAGAAGUGCGCGGGUCCGGCGAGCGAGUGCCGGCACGCCAUGCUGGCCAUCCUGGGCACCGAGCUGCGCUCCAACUGCGCCUGCAAGGGCACCGACUUCACGCAGCUCUACGACUGCCUCGGCUGGCAGCGCCUGCUCUGGGUCAACCCCUGCGUCGUGGAGUCGCAGAAGGACUUCCACACGAAGCGGCUGAGCGACAGCGCGGCGACGACGCCGGCGCCCACGAGCGCCGCCACGGCCGCCGCCGGCGCGCCGCCCGCCAGCGCCGCCCCCGCACCCGCCCCCGCGCCCGUCCCCGCGUCUGCGCCGCCGCCCAGCACGCCGGCCGCCGCCGCCGCCUCCACGCCCACGCCGACGCCCGCCUCCAGCACCGCCUCCACCUCGACUACCCUACCUCCGCGUUACUGUGUGGUUCACCGUCCUCAGCAGUCUGUACAGUACAUCCGUGAAGGAAAAGGGAAAAGGCUGUACCAGGAGAACGAGCCCGACUGCUCCGAGCUGUGCCAGUGCAGCGAGGGUGAGCAGCUGGUGUGCAACACGGUGUGCGUGGAGCGCGCGCCCUGCAAGACCGAGUUCGCCUUCUACAACCACGCGGCGCCGUCGUACCAGGCGUACCGCGGCCGCUGCCUCUGCUACUCGGGCCGCUUCAUCUGCAUGCGCCCCAUCCUAGACGGGCACAAGCUUCCGCAGGGCGUCUUCCUGUUCCUGGGCUACAGCGAAGCCGACGAGCAGCUUCUGCGGCCGCAUAGCAACCUGACUGUGCGCGACGCGGUCGCCUCGCUCGAGGAGUUCAUGCACCAGCAGCUCACCAACAAGACGUCCUGUACCCUGUCUCUUUACAACGUUACUAAAGAGAAUCUCAUCUUAGUAGCGAAACUGAAGAAAGAGGACUCAUCAGCGGAAGAUGACUCACCGCAAAUCUCUUCUGCCGAUCUCCUCGUACGCGAAAAGGAGGAGUGCGCGGGCCCGCUGCAGGAGCUGAGCAGCAAGAUCAACUCGCGCCACCCCGAGCUGCACUCGCACCUGCUGCUGUCGAUCUUCAAGAUGGCCGAGGUGGAGGUGAAGGUGCCAGACGGGCGCGGCGCGCGGGCAGCCCCGGCGCCAUUGGCGCUGCUGCUGGCUGCCGGCCUCGCGCUGCGCCACGCGUCGUGA